AUGGCAUCCCUGGCUCGAUCUGGUAAUGUUGUAUCUAAAGUGAUCGCCGGAGUUAACCAAACUGCCACCUUUACUCCUGUUGCUGUUGCUUCUCAGAAGUCAUCCGUUAUCUCCACUGGAGUUACCGACUUCAAGAAUGCUGAUUCUCUUCAGGCUAGUGCUCAAAGAAGUGUUCAACAAGGAGGACUUUUUAACAACGGAGUAAUCAAUAAGGGAAUCAAUGUUUCUUCUCGUCGUCUCGCUCAUACCGACGUCACUUUCCCUGACAUGAACAAGUACCGUCGUGAGGUUACAUUAGAUACUGAAAAGCCUGCUAGGGAAACCGAAGCUCAACGUAAAUCUCUCCCUGUUGCUAUAUAUUAUGGAGCUGGAGGAGUUAUGUCUCUCUGGGCCGGAAAGGAAGUUGUCCAAACUUUAGUUUCAUACAAGGCUAUGGCUGCCGAUCAAAGAGCUCUGGCUUCUAUUGAAAUCAACAUGAGCGAUAUUCCAGAAGGACAAACUAAGACUUUCGAAUGGAGAGGAAAGCCAGUUUUUGUCAAGCACAGAACUACUGCUGAAAUUGCUAGAGAAAAGGCUGUUCCUGUCGGUGAACUUCGUCAUCCAGAACAUGAUGACGCUCGCGUUCAAAAGGACGAAUGGUCCGUAGUCAUUGGAGUGUGCACUCAUCUUGGUUGCGUACCUAUUGCUAACGCUGGAGAUUAUGGAGGAUAUUACUGUCCUUGCCACGGAUCUCACUACGAUGGUUCUGGACGUAUUCGCAAGGGCCCUGCUCCACUCAAUCUUCAUGUCCCAGCUUAUUCCUUCAAGGAUGACACCAUUGUGAUCGGAGCCUAG